UUUAAUGACAAGUGGGCGCAAGUCAAAAUAAAGUUUGUUGUACGCGCUGGCGGUCGUAUUCUGAAGAAGUUGAUAGUUUGUUGUUGAUUAGUCUUUAAUUAAUUUAGUGUCUAUGAAUACGGCAGUAGCAAAAACACCACCCAUAACGAUGAGUAAGCUCUACAUAGGCAAUUUACCGAAUGAAACUAAUGAAAAUGACCUGCGACAACUAUUUGUGGAUCAAAACUUGUCCUGCACUAAUAUACUUGUGAAACGUGGAGGUUAUGCCUUUGUCGAUUGUGCAGAUCAAUCUUCAGCGGACAGGGCGAUCGAUAAAUUGAACGGUUUCAAUUUCAACGGAUCCAACUUGGUUGUGGAGCCGUCUGUUGCAUCAGGAAAAAAGAGAGGUUCAACGACUGGUUUUCCUGAAACGCCAACAGUUCAAGUCAACAAUAAUGGUUGGACUGCGACUCCAAAAAUCAUCAUAUCUAAUUUGGCAUUACACAUUCGGUUCGAGGAUAUCGAGCACCUGUUGUCCAAUCAUGGUCGUGUCGUUAGUGUUGAUAAACUGACAUCGAAGGAUCCAACUUCCCAGACUGUACAAGUUGUGUACGAGACCCUUGAACAAGCACAAGCAGCGCAAAAUAACCUCAAUGGCAUCGAGGUCGAAGGCAAACCCCUCAAGGUCGAGACGCCGGGAGACAAGCGCCAGAAAAGGACGCCAAGGGGCGCUGCAGGAGCUCCUUUCGGUGCUGGAAGCUUGCCAGGUACCAGCAGACAGACGGACUUCCCUCUACGCAUUCUUGUACAGAGCGACAUGGUUGGCGCGAUCAUUGGAAGACAGGGUUCUACGAUCAGGCAGAUUACUCAACAGACCAGAGCUCGUGUGGACGUCCAUCGAAAAGACAAUGUAGGCUCGUUAGAGAAGGCCAUCACCAUCUACGGCAAUCCGGAGAACUGCACAAACGCGUGCAGGAAGAUCCUAGAAGUUAUGCAACAGGAGGCUAACAACACGAACAAAGGUGAAAUCGCCCUGAAGAUCCUCGCUCACAACAACCUCAUAGGGCGCAUCAUCGGCAAAGGCGGUAACACCAUCAAGAGGAUAAUGCAGGAGACCGACACGAAGAUUACUGUAUCUAGCAUCAACGAUAUCAACUCCUUCAAUCUGGAACGCAUCAUCACCGUCAAGGGUACCAUCGAGAACAUGAGCAAAGCCGAGGCUCAGAUCUCCGCCAAGCUGAGGCAGAGCUACGAGAACGACCUCCAGGCGAUGGCGCCGCAGACCAUGAUGUUCCCUGGGUUGCACCCCAUGGCGAUGAUGGCAACAGCAGACCCCCUGUCACCAGGUAUCGGCUACGGCUCUAGGGGUCUGUAUACAGGACAGGCGUCUUAUCCAGGCAUGUAUCCAGCCGGACCUAGUCAAGUGGGCGGUGGCGGUGACGGCAGCGAGACCACCUACCUGUACAUCCCCAACAACGCAGUUGGCGCCAUCAUCGGAACCAAGGGAUCGCACAUCCGCAACAUCAUACGAUUCUCGGGUGCCUCCGUCAAGAUCGCACCGAUCGACGAGAACAAGCCUCAGGAGACUCAGAACGAGAGGCGGGUGACCAUCGUGGGAUCGCCGGAGGCUCAAUGGAAGGCUCAGUACCUGAUUUUUGAGAAGAUGAGAGAGGAAGGAUUCGUCGCCGGUUCGGACGACGUCAGAUUGACGAUAGAGAUCAUGGUGCCUAGCUCUCAGGUGGGUCGUAUCAUAGGCAAGGGAGGUCAGAACGUUAGAGAGCUGCAAAGAGUGACAGGCAGCGUUAUCAAGUUGCCAGAGCAGGGAACGUCGCCCCAAGAGGACGAGACAACGGUGCAUAUCAUCGGCCCAUUCUUCAGUGUUCAGUCGGCACAACGAAGGAUCCGCGCAAUGGUGAUGCAGGCUGCAGCCCCGCCCCAGGGCAGAUCGAGACAGCCGCGACCGGCGAAGGAGGGAGGGUCGCAGGGCGAGGCAGCCCCAUCCGAAAAACAACAGUAACGCAAGCUUAAAACUAUCACUGCCGAUUGCAUACGUUUAUGCAUACCCUAAUUGUAUGUGACAUCUCGAGGCCUUCCACUAGAUGACGUGCGCGCGUGCGCCGCGCGCCGCUUCGUAAGGAUUUCCCGACCGCGCGCGAAUCGUCGCUCUCUUACCGUUACUUACCUCAAAAAAACGGCGACGGCGAUGUGCCGUUCCUGCGCUGUUUAAUUGUGUAAAACUUUUUUAAUAAUUUUUUUUUUUCGAUUUUCGUUUUUAUCAUUAUUUUUCGACUGUUUUCGUUCAACACUUCUGAAAAGGAAUUGACGGCGAGUGGAAUGUUGAGAAGAUGGCCCGGAGCAACUGCGGUAUCUAUAAGCUAUGCCCCCACACAUAUAUAUAUAUAGAUAGAUAACCGAACAAUCUACCUCAAGAAAUCAAAAUACGUUAGAUGUCUUAGCCAUAGCAAAUUUUCUGUUGAAUAUACACAGCGACCAACCACACCUCGAGAACAAUAGUUGUUUUUGUUUUGAAGACACACCUCCAAAUAUAUAUAUACACGUAUAUACACAGCAUAUACGCAGACGACUCGUUGGCGCGUUUUUUACCCGAUCCAAGGACUACCACCAAAGAUGUUUAAACUUAGAGUAGUGAAGAACGUCCCCGUGGCCUCGCCCCAGGAGAAGAGCCCCAGCUCCAUCUGCAAGAAGGAAAUUUUUACGAAGGAUCCGAUACAUCAUCGAUCGAUUGAAAAAAAAACACAAAAAUUGAUAGAGAGAGAGAGAAACGCCUCCUUCCUCCGGUACAGUUGUGUGAGUGUGCGUGCCUGUGUGCUUCCGUCGAGCGCGCCACCAGAGGGCGUCGGCUUCGGACGUGUCGCUAGAGUGAAUGUGUUUGUGCGGACUACCGACCUUUUUAAUCGUUAGGCGUCUUUUUUUUUUGUUAAAUAAAAAUAUAAAUGUUGAUGUGUUUGGUUGAGAGAGCGGACGCGUCGGACUGGGCCCCCCUUAGUAUUAUUUGUUAAAGGAGCGGGGGGCCGUCCGACGUUGCCGCCGCGGCUUCAGCCUCACCAGAUAGGACUUGUAGGGCCCUUAUGGUGGCCUUUUGAGCGGUCGUGAUGCCUUGUGUCAAGGUCGGCCGCGCCCCUGAUAGUACAAACUCGGGAGGUAUAGAGUAUUGGGGCACUCGAUGCCCCAACGGCCGGAACCCUUAUCCGGCCCUGUAAAAAAAUAUUUUUGAUAAAAUUGUUUGUUGGGGAGGAUAUUUUUUGUUAGAUUUUUAAAAUAAAAAAAACGAAUUAUAGCGGGGUCGCUAUUAAUUGUGAAAAAAAUGGAUAUAUUAUAUAAUAUUAUAUUUAUUGAAAUGUAUAAAAGAAUUUUAAAUUAUUUGUACAGAUUUAUAAAGUGUGCCAAAGUGCGAGAAUGUUACCAGAGAGUUGCAUUUAUUUAUAAAAAAAAAAUAACGAAGAGAAAUGAAAUAACGUUAGAAUUAACAAGGGUUCAUGUAUUUAAAUGCAGGCUAAAAAAAAAAACUAAAAUCGAUUUGCACUUGCCCAUCACAAUCGGGAACCGUUUCACACAAACACACUUGUUUACGUUUAUUCGGAGACACAAUCAUUCGAUCGUACAAAACGAAAAUUCAUUUAAGUACAAAACCUCUAAAUUGAACCAACCAGUUGGUUCCAUCCAUUUAUUUCACAUAAGCAUCUGAUAACAUCUAUCAAUCAAUGAAAAGAACAAAAAUCUAACGCUUUAAAACGAUUUCACGCAAAAAAAAACACUCAAAAUUCGAACCAUCAGUUCUCAUUCAGUCUGACCCCCAAAAGACAUACCGAUCCAUCCAUUGUUUAGACCAUUCUGCUGUAUAUUGUCGGCCCUCCAAUUAAUAAAUCGAACAACGGAAAAAUUUUGAUCAUACCAAAUAGGAUUAACCGAUCAGAGAAAAAAAAAACUGAACGGAACCAAAGUCGAGUCAGCUUGCAAAAAAUUCUGCCGAUACGUAGGUUUGGAUCUACGUAGUAGCAUCUUCAGCAAGUACUUAUAUGUUUGGCGAACACAAGGGGGGGACGUUUAGGUCCCCCCCUCGCUACCCGCUCUACCCUCGUCACACGACGGCCAGAUCGGCGCUAGGGCCCCCCUUUUAUCCUACAAUGCAGGAAUCAGUUGUUCUCUCGACCGAUUUACAAAAAUGUGAAUUUGAAGUUCUUCAAACCAAAACGAUUGCUUUCAGGAGGGAUUCUACGGCGAUCUGGCCCGAACUACUGUUAGCUCAGCUAAUCAGUGUAUACACCUUUAUAUGUUAUGGUAUAAUAGUGCCUAACCCAAUCCUGAGCCCCGAUCAAUCUCGAGCAAAACACAUUCUGUACGAUAAAUCAAAAGAUUGUCCCCUUUCAGAUGUUUAUAUACCUGUUUAUGAUUGCAUAAACUAUGGGCAUUAGUAUGUGAGAUUUUUAUGUUAAUCGAGUCAAUCUUUUGCGUAGAUUUGUAUCUUUUCGUGGUCGAGAUUGUUCGUUGCCCAGGCGAAAUAUCUAUAUAAUAGUUAUAGUGUAAAUUGUAUUUGCAUUUCAUAUUAUAUCAUUUUAAGUUGGUAGAAAGAGAAAAAAUGAAAAAAAUGAUUUCAAGCAAACCACAAUCGACUACAGCAAAAUCGCUACUACAUCUUUAAGGAAGAGAGUUUUUGACGAUGUUAUAGGGUUUACGUGAAAUCAGAUCCACAUAUAGUUAUAGUUCGUGUACUACUAUUUCACCGGUGAAUUUAUAGUUUAUCUCGUUUUUUUAUUUUGAUUUUUGUCUAAAACCACUUUUUCUUGAUAGUUAUUAGGACAUGUUCAGAACAUUGCUGGAACAGAGACUGAAUGAAUACCAGCUGCUUUAGAUUUAGUACCUUAGAACUGGAUAACUGGUACCUAAUUUUGUUGUGCACCUUAUCUUCGGAUUCAUUUACGACAACCUACAACUUUUAUGUACAUAUUUAUUUAUAUAUUUGCAAAUUAUAUACUUGUUGAUUUUGUCUGUGGACUUUGUGUUGCGUAAUUUUACUAUAUACGGCACUAUUUGCCUCAGUUUUUUCAAUUUUUUACAAUCGUAUAUCCUUUGUAAUUGAUAAAUAAUUUUUUCAGUCGGGUUGUAGGUUGAUUUCUAAGUUUGAGUAUAUGCUUUGUUGGGCAUUUUUCAUUGUGCUCUCCAGUACCAGCUGUAACAGUAAGUUAUCCAAUCUAAGAAGUUACCUACCUCAAACAGUAAUUAUAGAUUUCUAUAAAAUUUAAUUUGUUGUUCUUGUUUUAUUUGGGUAAUCGAUUUAAUAUUUAAUGAUUUAUAAAUAUCUGGUGAAUACUAUUUGUGCUAUAAAUUAUCAAUAUAAUGAAAAUAAUCAUGAAUUUUUGUGUCAGUGUGCCAUUCUUGUGUAUGUUUAUUGUAAUGAGUCAAGUUUGCGAGCACCUGGCUCUCUGUGGUAUAGUUCAGAUCGUACCCGAUGGAAUUUCUUAUAAUACAGACAUUUACAGGAAAGCGCAACACUCUAAUCUUGUAAUCAAUGUUCAAAUAAACACCAGAUGAUGUAAUUGAAUUGUUUGCUUUGUUUCUGUAUUAUAACGAAUUUUAAGAUAUCACAUCAACAUCUACAAAUAUCUGCGUUGAGUUGAACAACUGCACAACAAUAUUGUCUCAGGAAUUUUAGCUCAGGAUAUUUUUAGUGGCAUAAUUUUUAAAAAAUAACUCCAUUUGCCACGGGUUUGCCUUAAAGUCGUUAGUAAACGAUCAAGUCGGAAAGAUUGUUGAGUAAAGGACUGUUACAAUAGUUUAAUACUUGUUAAGAAAACUGUAGAUGAUGAUGCUUCUGAAUAAAUAUAUACGUAUAAGAUGACGUAAUAGGUGAAAGUACACAAAAACUUCCGCUUUUUUCAAAUCGAAAUCUAUGUCCCAAUUUUUCAUUUGAUCCCAGCAAUUUUUUGGUGUGUAAUUUAUACGAUUGAUGUGAACCUGUAACGUUCGAUGGCAUAUGUAAAUAUUCAGUAUUAUAUCUGUCUGUAUUUUCUGCAACAUUUUGAAUUCAUUGUAUUUUAUCAACUGGCAUACUCAAAUUCAAACUUUUUCUCGAUAUUGUCCAUUUAUUUCAGUUGAAUAAAUAGUGUUCCCUAA